CGGCCCGCCCCCCUCCCUCCCCCACCCGGCCCCUGUCAGAUUGUGGCGGCGGCCGCGCGGUGCGCUCUUUUCCUGUAGCCCGCGUGAGGCGGCUUGCGCGCGGGCACACCCCCACGUCCCUCCGGCGCUGCUGCCUCAGCUCCGCUCGCCUCUGCUCCGCCCUACCUUCCGUCGCACGCCCGCGGGGACAUGGCACACGCGCAGGCACGCUUCCCCAGCGCCCGGGGUUCCGGGGACGGCGAGAUGGGCAAGCCCAGGAAGGUGGCUCUCAUCACUGGCAUCACAGGCCAGGAUGGCUCAUACUUGGCCGAGUUCCUGCUGGAGAAGGGCUAUGAGGUUCAUGGAAUUGUACGGCGGUCCAGUUCAUUCAAUACAGGUCGAAUUGAACAUCUGUAUAAGAACCCACAGGCUCAUAUUGAAGGAAACAUGAAGUUGCACUAUGGUGACCUCACUGACAGUACCUGCCUCGUGAAGAUCAUUAACGAAGUCAAGCCUACCGAGAUCUACAACCUCGGAGCCCAGAGCCACGUCAAAAUUUCUUUUUGACCUGCAGAGUACACUGCAGAUGUGGAUGGAGUGGGCACCUUACGACUUCUGGAUGCACUUAAGACCUGUGGCCUUAUCAACUCCGUGAAAUUCUACCAAGCCUCAACGAGUGAACUUUAUGGGAAAGUGCAAGAAAUACCCCAGAAGGAGACCACGCCCUUCUACCCUCGGUCACCAUAUGGGGCGGCAAAACUCUAUGCCUACUGGAUCGUGGUGAACUUCCGCGAGGCAUAUAACCUCUUUGCAGUGAACGGCAUUCUCUUCAAUCACGAGAGUCCUAGAAGAGGAGCUAAUUUUGUUACUCGAAAAAUUAGCCGGUCAGUAGCUAAGAUUUACCUUGGACAAAUGGAGUCUUUCAGUUUGGGAAAUCUGGAUGCCAAACGAGAUUGGGGCCAUGCCAAGGACUAUGUAGAGGCAAUGUGGCUCAUGUUGCAGAAUGAUCAGCCAGAGGAUUUUGUCAUCGCCACUGGGGAAGUCCAUAGUGUCCGGGAAUUUGUAGAGAAAUCGUUUUUGCACAUUGGAAAAACCAUUGUGUGGGAAGGAAAGAAUGAAAACGAAGUGGGCAGAUGUAAAGAGACCGGCAAAGUUCACGUGACUGUGGAUCUCAAAUACUACAGACCAACUGAAGUGGACUUUCUGCAAGGAGACUGCACCAAAGCGAAACAGAAGCUGAACUGGAAACCUCGGGUCGCUUUUGAUGAGCUGGUGCGGGAGAUGGUGGAUGCCGACGUGGAGCUCAUGAGGAACAACCCCAACGCCUAAGCGCAGCCGCUGAGCCCCGAGCCGCCCCACCGGCCUUUACCCUCCUCGCGGAACCAGCUGGUGAGGGGCCGCAGGCAUGGUCCUGGGAGGGGUGAGGAGCGCGUCCUUCCGACGGUCGCCCAGGACCUUCACCCCAUCUGGAGGUGGUCCGGCCCGCAGGACUGGGGUCGCUCAGGUUUGCAGCAGCCGGGACCUGGCACUCCGCCUUCGGCCCACUUUCCUUUUGUCGAGGCCUUUUCUGAAUGGUUUUGUGAAAUCAACAAGAUGUUUUAAUCACAUAUUCACUUUACUUGAAACUAUGUCAUUAGACAACUGAAAGUGUGGGGCUUUCAGAUGGUGUUUCUCUUUUCUUAUUAAAAAUGGCCUUUCUAUGAACCAA